AAAAAAACGAAACUUAAAGCAGAAGGGGAACUGUACUGGGAUAAAUAACAUCAGUUCCCGUCCCACACACACAGCUCAACAACUCAGCGCUUCACCUUCUUCCUGAAUAAUGGCUUUUCCGCAAAACACAAUUUAUAACCCGAGAAUUCCCUUCAUCGGGCCCAUAAAUGGUGGUAUACAGGAAGGCACAUCCAUCACCAUCACUGGAGUGGUCCAACAUGGAGUUGAAAGGUUUCAUGUGAAUUUACAGUGUGGCUCCAACCCAAAUGCAGAUGUUGCUCUCCAUUUUAACCCACGGUAUGACAUUUGCCCGAGCUACGUUGUAACCAAUACCUUCCAGCAUGGUUGUUGGGGUAGUGAAGAAAGGAAGAAAAACUCUCCUUUGGCCACUGGCACCGACUUCAAGCUGCUCAUCACGGUCUCCAAGGAUUUCUACCAGCUUUACGUCAAUGGCUCUCACUUUAUGGAGUAUCGGCAUCGUAUUCCGUUUUCCCGAGUGAACACCAUCUCAAUUGCUGGGAAAGUAGACAUUUCAUCCAUUACCUUCACAAACUCUAUGUUCUCUGGACAACCGGGAUUUCCCGGUCAGCCUGGUUUUCUACCUCAGCCAGGCUUUCCCCCAUAUGUGACGUAUCCAAACCAGGCAAUGUUUCCACCAUGUCCCGGAUUCCCUUCACAACCAGGAUUUGCUCCACCAGUCUAUGCUGUUCCAUACAAGGCCUUUCUCAGUGGAGGAGUUUUGCCUGGAAGGACAAUUACUAUCCAAGGGGCUGUUCACCCCAAUGCAACAAGGUUCCACAUCAAUAUUAACCACCCCACUGGCAUUGCUUUACAUUAUAAUCCACGUCUGAAUGAGAACAUUGUGGUUCGAAACACCAAGCAGGCGGAGAAAUGGGGCUCGGAGGAGCGGGAUGGCCUGAUGCCCUUCAGCAAGGGACAGCCUUUCACACUGAAGAUCUAUUGUGAGAGUCACUCCUUCAGGAUUAUGGCCAACGGGAUGCAUGUGCACGACUACAAGCAUCGUUUCACUCAACUGAAUCGCAUUUCAGAGCUGGAGAUUGAUGGUGACAUCACCAUCACCUCAGUUAAUGUGUAGAGACUACAACUACAUAUACUUUCUCACUGCACAUAAUCAUAUUAUAUACCGUGUUAAAGCAAUCAGCACAUUUAAAAAAAAAAAAUAGAAACAAGAUGUCUUAGACUUAACAGACUAUGUUUGAAAUUAUACUUGAUUUCGCUGUGAAUCAGUCAGUUUUGAAAGCUUAUUUUCUCAUACAUUUUUCCACUGUUAUAUUUUUCAUAUGUAUAAUCCUUAUAAAUGUGUGACAAAUAUA